GUGAAUUAAAAGCGACCAAUCAGCGGCCUGAACGAGCGAGAGGUGACGUCUGUAACCGUAAUGAACUAACCAAUAGGCGCGGAGCACUGGAGCGCGGGAAACUGCCUACUCGGAGCUGCGGUUGGCUGUUCAUCCCAUUGUCCAUACAGCUGAGAGUCUAGCUAUAUUGUCCUGGUGACCAGCCAAGUGACAUCAGUGCAUAGGAGUCUAUGCAGCACAUGUCUGUCUGAGGUUGGAAAAUUCUCAACUUUUCCAUUUUCAAGAAGCUGGAAGAUAAAAAUUACGGAGUGCUGGAUCUUUUGUGCAGUGUACACCAUCAACACCGACGGACUCCAUUGAUAAACCAAUAUAACCAAUGUCUGGAUAUUCAAAAGGGAGGCCUACAGCUAGUUAUGUCACUGAACCAGCAGUGCAAAAGUUGAAGAAAGCAAGCAAAGUAAAGAAAGGAGAGAGACAUGGAAAUGAGUAUGACAGUCAACAUGGCUGUCAAGCUUCCACUUGUCAUUUACAAAAUAUUAAGAUAUCAGGUGUUUUUUCCUUGUGUCAAAGUAGCUACUACUAUAACACAUCUGUUGCAUCAUGGUUUAAAGGUGGUCAGCAUGACCCAACAAUUGGAAAACCUGCUGAUGUAAAUGACUAUAAAAUGCUCAGUGAGAUAGAUGUGGAAUACAUAUGUUUGGAUAAUGAUGCUGUGUCCACAUCCCAAAAUGAGUUGGAUUGCAAUAUUAGGAAAGAAGGGGCAUCAAUCUUGGAAAAUCUAAAAUCUACGAAGUGCAACAGCAAAGGCAAAAAUCCCCAAAAAUUCAUAUCUAGUGACUUGACAGAAGAAGGUACUUUAUCUAAGAACUCCAAACUAUCUUUCUGUCCAACAGUACCCUCUCUGAUGACCGAAUUAGAAAAUUCAAGAAUCUGUGAUGACACUUCUGCAAAAGUAGAUUUUAUAAAGAACUCUAAGCAUGGUGACAGUGUACAGUUACAUUUAGUAGAAGCCAUAUUACCACCAUCUAAUAAGACAGAACAAGUAUUAGAUGUGGCACAGACACUUAGCAAUUUGGAAAGCCUUCAGAAAAAUGCUGGGGAAAAGUUAAUUCAGUCUAAACAAAAUAAUUUACGGAAAAAUAAGUCAAGCUCUAUUGGGUAUCCAAAGGAGACAAAAAUAGAAACACUUAACAAAAAUUUUGAGGUACAGAGAAAGUCUAGUUCUUCAAACAGUCCCAGGACUGUACCACUGUACAACCAGUCAGAGCGUGACCCAGAAGAAAAUAUAAUAAAUAAGUUACCCAACAAAGUGUACUGUUGUGCACUUUGUUGGUCAGACUAUGUUUAUGGAAAAAAACUUCAGCACUCGUGCAGACAUUCAGUAGACGCUACAAUACCUGUAGCACAAGGUCAUAGGUCCGUGGCUAGUCUUGAAAAUGAUGGCGAUAAAAACUCAGUUCAGUCUAAGAAAAACAAGUUUGCAAGUAAUGAGGUAGGAAGUUGUUGUGUACAUCCAGAACAGACAGCUACACUUAUCAGGGAAUCCAUUGAUACAGAACCUCCCAAAAAGAAUUGCCGAUGUAUAUCCAAGGUCAGAUAUAACAUAAAUAAUGACUGUCAAACUGCCACAUACAUUGACGAAGUAAUACAAAAUACCCAACAACAAGAACAAAAUACACUAAACCCUAAAUAUAAAUUUAGUGCAAUUGGUGAUAAAUGUCUAAAUGAAUCAGAAGAAGCUAAAAAUGUUCAUGGUAACAUAAUAUCCAAAAUGUGCAAUAGCAUGUUUUCUGAAGUACUGAUUGAGCGUUCAUCAACCUCAGGUAUUGAGGAAAUCCAAAAGCAAUCCUCCGCAUUCUUAGAUAUUAACACUGAACCAUACAGCCAGGGUGACCAAGAAUAUCAGCUCAACUGGACAGAUCAGCUUUCUGAUCUAAUAACACACUUUCCAUUAGGCUUGCAAGGCUUUAAUGCAUGUAGGACUUUAGAAAAUAAAGAAGCUGUAUCACAUAUGAUAAAUAAACCAACUGAAAAUACAACACAAUGCACACCAGCAUGCAGACCCGAAGCUACUUAUGAGACCAUAAAAACAAUGGCAUCCCCAAAAUUGGAUGUGAAUACAUUUAAUAUUUGUAAUAAAAAAAUAAGUAAGAAAGGCUGUUCAACUUAUGAGGACACUUCACUUCACCUAAAAAGGAAAGAACAUAGUCUUCUAACACAGUUGGACAAACACUUGCUUAUAAAGAAAUAUAAAAAGGAUACAAAUAUAUCUCCAAAAAAGACUGUUGCCUCUACCACAAGAGAUUCAUGUCUAGAUUUACAGCCAAAGACAGAAUCUUCAGGAUGCUUUAGAGAUGGUGGCUUUUCAUUGAAAAGUGACAAUGUUGGAAGCUCUCUAUCUGAAAAUUAUUUUAAAGUUCAGAUGUCAAAAGAAGUGCAGUCCAAGCACUCUAAAAAUAAACGUCAUCUACCUGAUGAUAUGACAAGGCCAAAAAUUUGUAAUAGACUUGAAGUUCUUGAGGCCAGAUCUACGGGUGUAUGUCCAGCAAAAUUGAACACUUUUGUUUUAAAUCAAACGUCAAACGAAGGGCAGGCCAAGCACCCCAAAAAUAAACAUCACUUACCUAAUGAUAUAACGAGGCCAAAAAAGCAAAAGAAACUAGAAGUUAAUGAGGCCAGAUCCACAGGUGUAUGUCAAGCAAAAUCUAACUCUUCUCUCGCAUUGGAAAAUUUGAAACAGAUUAUUUCAUCUAAAAAAGCUUUAAAUAAAUGUUCAUCUUUAAUGGCAGAUGAAUCAGAGAAAAAAAUAAGCCCAGAAUAUAAUAUUUUAGAAGGUCACAUGCAAAAAGGAAAGAAAAGUAACCAAAAUGCAAAGAAGUCCAUCAAAAAGUCAUGCAUGACCUGUGAUGGAAAAAAAAUGUUCCUAGAUCUGCAAACUAAUACAGGUUGCCAACUGAGAACAUUGUAUGCUGAGCAAGAAUCCACCAAAUAUAACAAAGCUAUUGAAAAUACAACUAGCAUGGUAAAACAGGACAGUAAAGACUUUACUUUGAUACCAGCAGUCCAAACAUUACCAGAGGAAACACAUCAAGAGAAAAAGAGAAGAGGGAGACAAACUCAAAGUAAAAAGAAAUCCAUUCCUGUUGACAAUAGGAAAGCAUGUUCCACAUCAAGAAGGAAGUCGCAUGUUCUGCAUCAAAAAGAAAGCGGACAGCAUGUCCCAUCUGAGAAAAACAAAGCUACAGUCGACUCUUCACUGUCAGUAUUGAAAAAUUCAACAUACAGGAAAGGCACUGAACAGAACACAAAAUCUAUGGAUGUUUUACACAAUUGUCUAGAGAAGGUGCCAACAUCUGAUGCAGAGGUAAAGACUGUGGAUGCUUCAUGUUGUGUAGGACUCCCAAAGCAAUCAACCCUGAAAGAUAAGACAUGUACCAAAGAGUGUGUUCUGCAACUUUACAGGUUGGCUGUUCCAUUGGAAAAGCAGUUCUUGGUAGGUAAUAUGAGAGAAACUUGCAAACAAAGCAAAGUGCAAGGUAAAGCUGACGCUGAAAAAAAGCUAAAUAACUACAAGAAACUGCAGGAGCUUCAGCACAUCUGUCACAAUGUAAAAGAAUAGGAAACAAUUAGACUAAGGAAACAGCAAUAUGAACAGGUUACUUUAACAUUGAUGGAAUAUUCUUAGAUUGGUAAGGGGCUUGACUCCCAGGAUCCUCACCAAUGACCUGAUUAAAGGGGCCUAGGUUUUUUUGUUUUGGUUUUGAGGCACAGUUCCAUACAAUUUGUCUGGCACAGGCAGACUCCAAGAAGCGCAAUUGA